AAUUCAUGAUUCAAAUUAGUUUCCCAUCAUCUUCACCAGCUGAUCUGGUGAGUCUUGUUCAAGCUUUGAAUAUGGAAAGUUUGAUCCAAAACCCACUUCCACAGCCAUUGCCGCAUCCAUGGUUCCACUCCCAAUGCCCCCUUUUUUCUCUCUGUUUUCUGACCAAUCUUCGGUCUCUGUGACCCAUUUCUUUGACCCUUCCUCCUCCUUUUCCCUUGCAAAUACACGUAAAACAAAACCCUAUUGCUCCAUUUCGAGACGGGUUUUUCUUUAUUUUAUUCUCCCCAUCUAUGCCUCUCAACAAAUCCUAAACUAUUCCCACCCCCCACCUCUGUUUUUUUUAUUCAAAUGUACCUCAGAUCCAACUUGUUCAACUUGUUUUACUCACAACGAUAGAGGUGGGUUUCUUGUUCUUCUUCGUUUUUUUUUUCUUCCCUUGAUGUGUCAAUGAACCAGUGGCGUUCUGUAACUCUUAUCUGGGUUUUUGUUUUUUGUGGGUUUUGAUCAAGAAAUGUGAUUAAUGAUACCUGAAAUCGAAAACCCAUCUUCUGUUUUCGUGUUUUUGAUUUGAUUUUGAAUUGUGGGUUUGGUUUCUUGCUUCCUGUCCUGUCAUGGCUGUUGAACAGAGGAAGGCUCUGUUUCUUACUGUUGCAUUCAACUUGAGUUGAAACCAGAGUGAAUGAAUUGAAGGUUUCUGGAGUUGGAUCUGUUUUUAAAGCUAUGGAUUCUGAUGGGGUUGAUUCAGAAUCUGCUCCGGCGAGAUCCACCGGUCUCACCAUUAAAAUUGCUCCAAGUUCUGCAACUAAGCCGCCGGGAACUUUCCCGUCCGAUUUGGCAUUGCCGGACCUUAAAACCUCAAUAGAGUCCUCACCUUAUAACUCGCCUUCCCUUUUAUCACCACCGUCGUCGGCGUUUGUUUCGGCUCUGCAGUCGCCGUACAUUUCGCCGAGGGCAGUUAUCCCAAAGACGGAAGCGAAUCCGAUACCGACGGAUAUCACGACGGCGCUGACUUGUUCCUCGCCGCCGAUUUCGCAUUCUGAGGAUAUUCCUAGUAGUUCCUACACGCCUCCGUCUGACCAAUAUGAAUAUUCCGAUAACCCUUCUACUGAUUCCAAGCUGCAAUUUGUUGCAUGCGUUCCUGUCCCGGACUCUGCUCCGCCGCGCAUUUCGUUCUCCUUCCCUGUCCCUCGGAUCUCCUUCGCCAAAUGCGGCGGCCCCCUCUCCCCUGUUUCCACCUCUAAACUCAGAAGCUGUGAUGUCUACAUUGGCUUCCAUGGCCAAGCUAAUGGCCUAAUACGCUUCUGUAAAUGGCUCAAAUCAGAACUUGAGCUUCAAGGGAUUGCCUGCUUCAUCGCCGAUCGGUCCAAGUACUCCGAUAAUCAAAGCCACGAGAUCGCCGACCGUGUUAUCAGCUCCGUGACAUUCGGAAUUGUUGUCCUCACCAACUCCAAAUUCCAUAACCCUUUCACCUUGGAGGAGGUGAGAUUCUUUUCACAGAAGAAGAACUUGAUUCCAUUGUUUUUCAACAUGGAGUCGUCGGAGAUCUCGAGCUUUCUCAGCUACAAUUCCAUGGAUAAAGAGUUCAAAGAGACAGGGCAGGGAUUGAUGAAGUUCCAUGAAUACAAAUUGGAGGCCAAUGAAGGUAACUGGAGAAGCUGCAUAGCUAAAGCAGCAGGGAUUUUGAGAGCAAAACUUGGUAGGAUGAGUACUGAAAGUGAUGUUGAAAGAUUUGAGGAGCUUCCAUUUCCAAGAAACAGAAACUUUGUGGGGAGGGAGAAGGAGAUUAUGGAAAUGGAAACCGCUCUGUUCGGUGGUCGAAGCUGUCAUAAGCAAGACGGUGUGGUGUCUACGCCGAUCGUCGAAGGCAAUGGCAGCCAGCAAUCCGAAGGCCUAGCCGAUGAAGAAAGUGAGCCAGUCACUGUGAGGGGAAGUAGAUUUAUUAACUUGGAGAUAGGAAGGUCUGAUAAUCCAACUUUGGAGACAUGGGUUGAACCAGCUAAAGGAAGAAACUCAUUCAAAAGAUCAAAGCAUAAGGAAAUGGUAAAAACUGGGAAUCACAAGAGCACUAGCAGCAGCAUAUUGUGCAUCAAUGGUGUCCCUGGCAUUGGAAAGACAGAGCUAGCUCUGGAAUUCGCUUAUAGAUACUCCCAACGGUACAAGAUGGUUUUAUGGGUCGGUGGCGAAGCUCGUUACUUUCGACAAAACAUAUUGAAUCUAUCUUUGAACUUAGGAUUAGACAUAAGUGCUGAUGCUGAAAAAGAUCGAGGACGAUUUCGGAGUUUCGAGGAGCAAGAACUCGAGGCAUUCAAACGAGUCAAGAGGGAGCUAUUUGGAGACAUGCCAUACUUGUUGAUCAUUGACAAUCUUGAGGCAGAGGAGGAUUGGUGGGAAGGGAAAGAUUUGAACGAUUUGUUGCCGAGGAACACCGGGGGAUCUCAUGUGAUCAUCACGACGAGACUCUCAAAAGUGACGAGUUUUCGGAUGAUAAACAUUCAUCCAUUGCCUUUGGCUGAUGCUAUGGUUUUGAUGAGAGGAAGAAGGAAGAAAGAAUACCCUUCUGAGGAAUUGGAGUAUCUCAGGAAGUUUGAUGAGAAGCUUGGGAGGUUGACAUAUGGUCUUUGGGUGAUUGGAUCACUGCUUGGUGAGCUAGCUAUCACCCCGUCUUCUCUUUUCGAAGCUAUCGAGCAAGUCCCGGUUGAUGAAUCGUCUCCGUGCUCGUACAUAAGUAUAAACGAAGAGCAUUACUGCAAAAACAAUCCUUUCCUGAUGAAGAUCAUUUACUUUUCCUUUUCAAUCUUAGAGCAAACUAAUGGACCUCUAGCAUCAGGAAUAUUACUGGUUGGCGCUUGGUUCGCCCCAGCGCCUGUUUCGAUAUCGGUACUAGCCACAGCAGCAAAGGACAUGGCUGUGUCAAGAAAAGGAUUGAAAAAGUGGAGCCAAUGCCUGAGUUUCAUGUUUGGUUGUUGCUCCUCUUGUUUAGCUUCACAAGCUUGGAAAAGUGAGGAAGAAUCUGCUCUUCUUCUAAUCAAGUUCGGACUCGCCCGAAAAGCGAACAAGCAACCGGGUUGUUGGAUCCAAUUCCAUCCCAUAACUCAAGUGUUUGCUAAAAGAAAGGAAGGUUUAUCAGCUGCUAAGUCCAUAGUUCAAGGGAUCAGGAAAUCUAGCAGUAACACAAUGGCUAACUUGGAUCAUUUAUGGGCUUCUGCAUUUCUCGUCUUCGGUUUCAAAUCCGAACCUCCGUUCGUACAACUAAAGGCUAUCGAUAUGGUCCUAUACAUAAAAAAAACAGCCCUCCCUUUGGCAAUUCUGGCGUUCACGACAUUUUCGAGGUGCAACUCGGCUCUAGAGUUGCUUAAGGUAUGCACAAAUGCACUUGAGGAAGUAGAGAAAUCAUUUGUAUCUCAAAUACAAGACUGGUGUGAAGGGUCAUUAUGUUGGAAAAAGAAGUUCCAAGGCAGGUACCAACGGGUCGAUGAAUACGUGUGGCAAGACGUGACAUUGCUGAAAGCUACACUGCUCGAAACACGAGCAAAGCUACUGCUUAGAGGUGGACAUUUCGACAGUGCGGAAGAGCUAUGUAGAACUUGCAUAAGUAUAAGAACAGUCAUGUUGGGACAUAACCAUGCCCAAACCUUGGCAGCUCAAGAAACGUUAGCGAAAAUCGUUCGACUUCGAAGCAAGAUCUGAUGUAGUUAAUAAAUCCAAAUACUUGGUAAACUAGUUUUGACAGUUCAGUAACCAAGUGUUGUAUGUAAAAUCAGAUUUGUGGGUCAUAAAUUUAGUGUUUUUAUGUGAUUUUAGCUGAAUUUGACACAAGAAAUGGGAUGAACAGAGACAGAUUACUGCUU